GUCUUCUCAGAUUCUGUGGUAGAACUGCUGCCUCCCAAACAAGAAACUCCAGUGGCAUUUAGCGGUUCUAAUCAGUCCGAUGUCCCGGCGGACAGACUCUUGGUCAAACGUCAUCGUUUAGACAACGUGCCAUUCACACUGACUUUUUGGAUGCGCCAUGGUCCACACAGCCCUCCUGCUCAUCCGGUCACGCAAGAUGAGGCAAAUGGUCGUGAACAUAUUGUGUGCAUUUCAGAUGAAGAAGAAAAGAAUCGACACCAUUUUGCCGUGUAUGUACACAACUGCAAAUUGACCAUGCUUCUUCGACGGGAACCUGUAAAUUCGAGAAAUCAUGAGCGGGUUCGUUUGUAUCCGUCGCAGUGGCGUUUCUCGGUGGAUGAUGUCUGUGACAAUCUGUGGCAUCACUAUGCCUUAUCUUUCCGUCCACCUCCAGCGGAAGUUGUUCAAGGAUCAGUGGACGAGACGAGUGAUUGGACAGUAGAGACUCAGGUCAAAUUGCUGAUUGACGGAGAUCCAGUUCCUUUUGAUGCUAAUCUGGUACAAAUCACCGAAGAUGUUCCCAUGCACGAGCUUCGACACCACUCGACCAGGACACGUUUAACUGUCGGCGCUUGUUGGCACUCACGAAUCGCACGUCACGUGCAACAUUUUACGGGUGAGUUGGCUGCCAUGAUGCUCUCGAUUGGAGCUGAGAUGCCAAAUGAACAAGUGCAAUGCUUGGCUAAUUGCUAUCCGCGACUUCACGUGACCGGACCGUUAAACAAUGCACAACUGCCGGAUUUACCCCCACUGCAUCAGUCGCGCUUGGAUAAUCUGAUCGUCCAGGCAAAUCACUUGACUGAUUUGACAGAUCUGAUGCAACACGUGAUCUUUUUCAAUCCCCGCAUCAAACGUUUACCUACACAACGCCCGGAACCAGUAGCCAUUCGCCUGAGCACGUCUGUCAAAUAUCCAUCAGAAUGUCAGGCCGCAGACAUCCCAGUCUCCACAAUACACUUAGUUCGUUUGCCCCUCACGAAGACAGUAGAAUCAUCCAUUUGGGCACCACCGCAGACGUCCAGAUCAGAUCAGCGGUUGGGUGAUUUAAAAUCUACCGGACAGUUAGUCUCGAGCACCGGGCGUGUCGUACCCAUGCACUCACUUAUCCUUCGAACCAGUCAAUCUCUGUCCGAACCGCUCACGAUAUCUUCUAGCGCAUUGAUUCAAGGCGUAUGGCUUUUCCCUUCGGUCGAACUGUCUUGGCUUUCACUGGCAAAACCGAACAACGCCGAAAUGGUUGAAAUGAAUGAUGCCGUUUCGCAUUGUGAUGUGGAUUUAUGUCCGGCAGAAUCAAUCGAUAAAGAACCGCUAGAAUUUGCCCGACAGGAGACUAUCACAGUCGGCACAGAUUUCCUGGCACCAGGAAUACGCAUAGAACAGUCCACUAAUGGGAUGCGAUUCCGUGGCCCGGUGAGAGCGGAUGAGAUCACUCAGACAUUGCAACAUCUGAAAUGGUUUAAUCUGGAGCACGAACCACCGGAAAAACGCUGUUUCCGACUUAUCUGUGUCGCUCAAGCGGAUACCCAUUCGGGACCACAGUUGCUGGUGCAGAGUAAUAUUCUUAAAGUUGUGGGUUCGCAAAAAGUAGACGAACCGGCUGUCCUGUUGAAACGUGAUCCGCUUCUGAUGCCGGUAAAAACAUCCGCGGACGACUCGGUCCCUCAACUGUCCGAACCAAACAUGAACGACCCGUCAUGGACUAAAAGCAUGCAUGUGACGUACACAUUGAUGGGCUGCGCAAUCGCCAUUGUACUCAUUUCCAUUGCGGUUGGUAUGACGUAUUUCUUCCGAGCUCGUCGUGCAAAUGGUCCGACAGUGCCUAAUGCGAAAAAAAAUCACCGCUGGGAACCAGUGCCUACUCUAAAAGGGCCAGUGAGCUUUCAAGUUCCAUCGACAAUCCCUGCCCGUUCAUCCAUCAUUGGGGAGAGGUCGGUUGGACCACGAAAUGCCACUUUGGAAGUUAUCAUCAAUCCGACAACACACCGCAAGGAGUUCGAAGAAAUGGAAAAGAAAUUCUGUUUUUACGAUCGUAAAAUGUACGACGAGGAUGACGAAGAUGCUCUCGAUCCGGACAAUCCCGCAUUUCAGGAUACAAUCUACGACUCUGAACAGGCUCGAGUAUAUCGGUCCUAUGAAGCCGGAGAUGAUCCACACGAAGAUGUGUCAGACUUUGAUGUUACGUCAGAUCGAGAGGCGCAGACAGGAACUCCGACGACUGACACGGUUCCGGAUUCCACUAACAAGAGUCCAGUGGCUUGA